GUCGUGGACUUUUUUCCUUAGCAAUCGAUUCCAAGUGGCACUCUUGGAAGUUUUUGGCCAGUUAAUUAUGCUGGUUUUGUGCUAAUUUGAUUGAAAAGUGUUGAAAAGUUGCGAACUGUUAUUGGUGCACCGGAGAACGGUGAAAAUUUAAAGGGAUGACGACGUACGAAGAAUUCAUCCAGCAAAACGAAGACCGCGAUGGCAUCCGGUUUACGUGGAACGUUUGGCCAUCGAGCCGGAUUGAUACUAGCCGGUUGGUGGUCCCACUGGGUUGCCUGUACCAGCCGUUGAAGGAACGACCGGAUUUGCCACCGAUCAUGUACGAUCCGGUCGUAUGCACCCGAACUACUUGCCGGGCGAUUCUGAACCCGAUGUGCCAGGUGGACUACCGGGCCAAGUUGUGGGUGUGUAACUUCUGUUUCCAGAGGAACCCGUUCCCACCGCAGUAUGCGGCCAUUUCCGAGCAACACCAGCCGGCGGAACUGAUUGCCGGAUUCAGUACGAUUGAGUACACCAUUACUCGGGCACCGUGCCUACCGCCGGUGUUUCUGUUCGUGGUGGACACCUGCAUGGACGAGGAGGAACUGACCGCCCUAAAGGAUUCGCUGCAGAUGUCGCUUAGUUUGCUUCCGGCCAAUGCCUUGGUCGGGCUGAUUACCUUCGGCAAGAUGGUUCAGGUCCACGAGCUGGGAACCGAUGGUUGCUCGAAAAGCUACGUAUUCCGUGGAACGAAAGAUCUGUCGGCUAAGCAGAUUCAGGAUAUGUUGGGAAUCGGACGAGGUCCGGGUCCAAAUCAGCCAGGCCAGGGACAGCAGCAGAUGCGUGUGCCUGCUGGGCCGGUUCCACCAGCGAAUCGUUUCCUUCAGCCACUUCACAAGUGCGACAUGGCACUGACUGACCUACUGGGAGAACUGCAGCGAGAUCCGUGGCCAGUUCCGCAAGGAAAGCGAUUCCUGAGAUCUUCUGGUGCGGCUCUGUCGAUUGCCGUUGGUCUACUGGAAUGUACCUACCCGAAUACGGGAGCAAGGAUCAUGACGUUCCUCGGAGGACCAUGCUCGCAGGGACCCGGUCAAGUUGUUGAUGAUGAACUGAAGCACCCGAUCCGUUCGCAUCACGACAUCCAGAAGGACAAUGCAAAGUAUAUGAAGAAAGCAAUUAAACACUAUGAAUCGCUAGCGCUGAGGACGGCCACCAACGGGCACUGCAUCGACAUCUACUCCUGUGCGUUGGAUCAAACUGGCCUGAUGGAGAUGAAGCAGUGUUGUAACUCCACCGGUGGUCACAUGGUUAUGGGCGAUUCGUUCAACUCGUCCCUGUUCAAACAAACCUACCAGAGAGUAUUUGCCGUGGACCAGAAGGGAGACCUAAAGAUGGCCUUCAACGGAACCUUGGAGAUUAAAUGUUCGCGAGAGUUGAAGAUCGAAGGCGGCAUCGGAUCGUGCGUGUCGCUAAACGUUAAGAACGCUUCCGUUUCCGAUUCGGAAAUCGGGAUGGGCAACACGGCCCAAUGGAAGCUGUGCACAAUCACCCCCAACAGCACGAUGGCAUUUUUCUUCGAAGUCGCCAAUCAACAUGCGGCUCCGAUCCCGCAGGGCGGACGAGGUUGUCUCCAGUUUAUUAGUCAGUAUCAACAUUCCAGUGGACAACGGCGGAUUCGGGUCACAACAGUGGCGCGAAGUUGGGCUGACGCAACCUCCAACCUGCACAUGAUCAGUGCCGGAUUCGAUCAGGAAGCCGCUGCUGUACUGAUGUCUCGAAUGGUCGUCUACAGAGCAGAAUCUGACGACGGUCCGGACACCCUCCGUUGGGUCGAUCGGCAACUCAUCCGCCUUUGUCAGAAAUUCGGCGAAUACAGCAAAGACGACCCGAACACCUUCCGGCUGGCGGAAAAUUUCUCCCUCUUCCCACAGUUCAUGUACCACCUCCGUCGGUCCCAAUUCCUGCAGGUCUUCAACAAUUCUCCCGACGAAACCACCUUCUACCGUCACAUGCUCAUGAGAGAAGAUCUUACUCAGUCCCUAAUCAUGAUCCAACCUAUCCUGUACUCAUACUCCUUCAACGGGCCUCCCGAACCCGUACUGCUGGACACUUCCUCCAUCCAGCCGGAUCGGAUCCUCCUGAUGGAUACCUUCUUCCAAAUUCUCAUUUUCCACGGCGAAACCAUUGCCCAGUGGCGUAGUCGCAAGUACCAGGACAUGCCCGAGUACGAGAACUUCAAACAGCUGCUGCAGGCGCCGGUGGACGACGCCCAGGAAAUCCUGCAAACCCGCUUCCCCAUGCCGCGGUACAUCGACACGGAGCAGGGCGGAUCGCAGGCCCGUUUCCUGCUGUCCAAGGUGAACCCCUCGCAGACGCAUAACAACAUGUACGCGUAUGGUCAGACGGCUGCUCCCAUGGCGGAUGGCGGUGCUCCGGUCCUCACCGACGACGUGUCGCUACAAGUAUUCAUGGAACACCUCAAGAAACUGGCCGUCUCCUCCACCACCUAAUAGAGGAAGGAUUUUGCCAAUCGCUUUCGUCCCCAUUUAAAAGUGUGUCAGAUAACUAUCCCAUUUUAUCAAGCUACUCCGAUGACAUGAUUGUGUGGUUGUCUCAGCGUCAAUUUAAUCUUUGUGCUUGUGGUAGGUAUAUGUGUAGGAAGAAGAAAGAUAAAGAAAUGUGCGCGACGGGAUGCUUUUCAAUUAAAGAUCGAGAAGUGUUCAGCGCAGACCGCCAUCGAUUCAAGUCGUCGAUGAAGCGAAUAAGCGAGCAAGUGGAAAUAUAAUUGAUGAAAAUAUUUAACUAGAUGAUUUAUAUGUUGAAAACGAAACUGUAUAACUGUUUGAGUAAAUAAAUUGAGAAGGGUCAAACC